AUGAAAUUAUCAUCAAUGCAUUUUGAUAAAGAUCCACUUGAUCCAAACACAAAAGUGCUUGAAGGAAAGCCGCAGGAUAAGCCUGAAUGGAGUUUCGAUUAUUCCGAUUUAGAGAAAGAAGAAAUUUCAAACGAAGCAGAUCAUUAUGCUUCCCCUAAAAGCAAUAAAUUGAAAGCAGGCUAUAUUGUUUUGAUUGUUCUUGGUACCAUUGUAUUAUUAGGUGCUAUUGCAGUUAUAGUUUAUUUUGUGGUUUUUAGAACAAAUCAAAUUGCUUCAACAAAUUCUGUAGAAAAUGAUCUAAAUAAUAAUAGCGAUGAAGCUGAACCUUAA